UUUUUUAUUAAUCGUGAGUGAUUAUUACAGUGAGCAUAAAUUCAAGAAAUUUAUGUAUUCAACAUUUGCUGAAUCAUCUAUUUUAUAUAUACAGUAUUUUAUUAAUUUUUAAUUUAAAAUAUUUGAAAAGUUUAUUUGAAAUGGUUGGUAAAUUUACAAAACGUCAGUGGCUUACACUUUUUGUUAUUAGCAUUGCUGAUUUUGCAAAUGCUAUAUGUGUAUCUUUGCAAGCACCUUUUUAUCCUCAGGAAGCUGAAAAAAAGGGAGCUUCUCCAACAGAAUAUGGCUUGGUAUUUGGUAUCUUUGAAUUGACUGUAUUUAUUAUCAGUCCAAUAUAUGGACAACGAUUAAAUAAAAUUGGUCCCAAACUUUUAUUCAACAGUGGAAUAUUAACAACAGGAACAUGUGCUAUAUUAUUUGGAUUAUUAGAUAAAAUUGAUGGACAUUAUCCUUUCAUUAUACUUUCAUUUGUUAUUAGAAUUAUUGAAGCUCUAGGUAAUGCAGCUUUUUUAACAGCUAGUUUUGCAAUAAUUGCUAAAGAAUUUCCUGAUAAUGUUGCAACAACAUUUGCAAGUCUUGAAACAUUUUUUGGACUUGGUUUAAUUGUUGGACCAACUGUUGGUGGUGUUCUUUAUCAAAUUGGAGGAUAUACAACUCCAUUUGCAGUAUUGGGAUCUGCAUUAUUUUUGGCUGCUGUUAUGACAGCAUUUGUACUUCCAGUACAUGAUGAUUUAAAUCAAGAUGCACAUAAAACUGGUGGUUUUGCAAGAGUUUUAAAAAUUCCUGGUGUUCUUGUUGCAAGUGCAUCAAUUAUUGUAACAAGUAUGAGUAUUGGAUUUUUACAAGCUACAAUGGAACCUCAUCUUAGACAAUUUAAUCUUAGUCCAGUUAUUCUUGGUCUUAUGUUUGUUAUAAAUGGUGGAACAUAUGCACUAACAGCACCUGCUUGGGGCUGGUUAUGUGAUAAAAGACUUCAACCAAAAGUAGCAACUUCAAUUGGAUGUUUAUUGGUAGCUGUUGGUUUUAGUCUUAUUGGUCCAGCACCAUUUGUUCCUUCAAAAACAACAAUUACCCUGACAGUUUGUGGUCUUGUUUUACAUGGUUUAGGUAUGUCUGCACAAUUAGUUGCAAGUUUUAGUGAUGCACUUGCUACAUCUGUCUUACAUGGCUUUUCAAAUAAUCUUGAAACUUAUGGUUUGAUUAGUGGUUUAUGGACAAGUGCAUUUGCACUUGGUGCUUUUAUUGGUCCAAGUAUAGCUGGUAUACUUUUGGAUAAUAUUGGAUUCAGAAAUGCAUCAAUGUUUAUUAUUAUUGUACAUUUAAUAGUGGGCUGCACUGCAGUGACAUUUAUUCGUUGCUGUUCACGAGGACAUUAUACAUACUCAGAAGUUGGAAAUGAUUGUCGACGUUGUUUAUCAACAGCUGAUAGUUGCCGAAUAAGAAGUCAAAGUCGUUCAAUAUGCAGACGUGAUAAAGAAGUACCAAUUGAUAGACCAAGUGGAAUGAAUUCAUUAAUUGCUUGUAAUAGUUAUUCAAAUAGAGCUGGUGUUUGGUCUAGAGCGUCAUUCAAUGAAUUAUACAAUAAUAGUUAUGGCUCUGUUGAAGUUGAACGUUAUCUGGAAAGGACUGCAUAAACCUGACUGAAUAUGUCAUUUUUUUUUUUAGUUAAUGACUCGAAUAUAUAUUGUUUUACAGAGUCCAAUUAUUUCUUAAAUUAUGUACUUUUCAAUAUGAAAGUGUCAUUAUAUGUUUAGUUAAUUUGUAAAGAUUAAUUUAGAAAAAAAAUAUGUGUAUCUUGUAGCUCAUGUUGUUAAUACAUCAGCAAAAAAAAAUAAGGAAAAUAUUAAAUGAAUUAA